AUGACACAAGGCGCACAGAAAAACGACGGAGAUACCUUUUUCGGCCUGCCGUCGGCGUGGAGGCAGGCCUUCGAAUUCUCCCAACAUGGCAUCACAGGCCGAUUUGAGAGUGAAAUAGCUGAUUUGGUGGUCUUUGGAGAAAUACCAAAGGAGAUCAACGGCACCUUCUACCGCAUGAUGGUCGAUCCUCUGUACCCCCUGAUGCCCAAUAAUCCAGCCAUCGAGGGUGACGGCAACAUCUGUGCGCUGCGCAUUCAAGAUGGCCGUGUCGAUAUGAAGAAUAAAUAUAUCGAAACGGAACGCCUCAAGUUAGAAAAGCAGGCGAAUAAGAGACUAUUUGGUCUCUACCGAAAUCCCUUUACGCACCAUCCUUGCGUACGCGCAGCCAUUGACUCUACAGCAAACACAAAUGUCAUCUACUGGGCUGGGCGACUUCUUGCCCUUAAAGAAGUGGCUCAGCCAUAUGAGGUUCACCCUGAUACACUCCAAACCCUUGGAUUUGACCCCCUCGCCUUUCCAGGAAAAACAUUUUCUGCUCAUCCAAAGGUCGACCCUUUUACCAAUGAGUUGGUCUGUUUCGGCUAUGAAGCAAAGGGCGUGGCCACAAAGGAUAUCGUCAUCUACUCGCUUGAUCAAAGCGGGAAGAUCAAAGACGAGCAGUGGAUUGAAUCACCUUGGUGCGCGUUUAUCCAUGACUGCUCCAUAACGACCAAUUACAUAAUUCUCGUCCUGUGGCCAUUUGAAGCCCACUUGGACAGAAUUGAGUCAGGCGGUCAGCAUUGGCUGUUCAACUACGAUCGCCCAGCGACGUUCAUCGUCGUACCGAGAAGGCCUGACGAUCUACCAUCGGGCUGGAGAAAGGGCGAGUCACGGGUCUAUCACUGGGAAAACUCUGUUGCCAUUCACACGGCGGGGUCUUGGGAAGGCGAGGAUGGGAAGCUUUACUUUGAAAGCUCUCGUGUCUUCUAUAAUACCCUUCCCUGGUUUGAACCUCCAGGAGAGCCUGACAUGAAAGAUCUGAAAGCCGACUAUGUUCGAUGGGAGAUUGAUGUCAACCAACCGACCGGGACCAAGGUGAAAGAUCCUGAAAUCAUCCUUGAUCUUCCAAGCGAGUUUGCGCGUAUCGAUGAAAGGUUUCUCACGCGUCCGUACGACCGCAUGUUCAUACCAGUGUUGCUACCAAAUCGACCAAAUACUGCACCGCCAGUUGUACCGCUAUGCCUCAAUGGUUAUAUCAUGCUUGAGAAGGGCAGCAACCGACGUACGUUUUUUGAUCCUGGACCUUAUGCUGCAGCUGAAGAACCAAUCUUCAUACCUCGUUCCGAGAGUGCGAAAGAGGGAGAUGGUUGGGUGCUGGCCAUGGUUCAGAGAACGGACGUCAACCGUAGUGACCUGAUUGUGUUGGAUACAAGACACUUUGAAAAGCCCGUCGCUGUUAUCCAAUUGCCAUUCCGGACUAAGAACCAGAUUCACGGUAACUGGGUAGACACUAAAGAGCGCGAUGGGAACAUACUACCAUUAGUUAGAUGA